AUGGGCAAAAAUAUAAUAUAUUCUAUUCUCUUCUUGCUCUUCAUUUCAUUUUUAUUUCAAGAAUCAAAAGCAGACUACAAUGUGAUUAGGUUUGGAGCAAAAGCAGAUGGGAAAAGUGACUCAACCCAGGCAUUUUCUAGGGCAUGGUUGAGUGCAUGUAGUUCAAAAAAAGGAGGCACAGUUUAUGUUCCUAAGGGUAAUUAUUUGAUAAAACAAAUACAGUUUAAUGGUCCAUGCAAAAACCAGAUUGUGUUUUGGAUCGAUGGGCAGAUUAUUGCACCAAAUUACUUGUCUUUUGGGAAUUCUGGAUUUUGGAUUUUGUUUUAUAAGGUUACUAGGCUUACCAUUCGUGGUGGCACUUUUGAUGCUAAAGGGUCUGGAUUUUGGGCUUGCAAGAAUUCUGGAAAAUCUUGUCCUGCUGGAGCUAAGUCGAUAACAUUCAUGGGAUCAAGUGAUGUAUCAGUGAACGGAUUAACGUCCAUAAACAGCCAAAUGUUUCACAUAGCAAUACACGAAAGCCAAAACAUGAUUCUUGAAAACCUGAAGAUAAUUGCACCAAAUUCGAGUCCCAACACAGACGGAAUUCAUAUGCAAUCUUCUUCUGGAAUCACCAUUAGAGACAGCAACAUAGCUACGGGGGAUGACUGUAUUUCGUUAGGCCCCGGCUCUCAGAAUAUCUGGAUUCAGCACAUUUCCUGUGGCCCUGGACAUGGAAUCAGUAUUGGGAGCCUAGCUCAAUAUGAAAAUGAAGAAGGUGUACAAAAUGUGACAGUAGGAGAUGUAACAUUUACAGGGACUCAAAAUGGAGUAAGAAUAAAAUCAUGGGGCAGACCAUCCAAAGCUUUUGUCAAAAACAUUCAUUUCAGCGACAUCAUUAUCAACAAUGUUGAUAAUCCUAUCAUUAUUGAUCAAUACUACUGCCCCACUGGCCAUGGUUGCCCUAAUCAGGGUUCAGGAGUGAAGAUAAAUGGGGUGACAUAUAAGAACAUAAGAGGAACAUCGGCCACAGAAGUAGCAAUGAAUUUCAAAUGCAGUACAAGCACUCCAUGUGAAGGACUUGAAUUGCAAGAUAUAAAACUAACAUAUUUGAACAAAGCUACUGCAACUUCUUCUUGCACCAAUGCGCAUGGAAGUUCUACUGGAUUUGUUAUUCCUAAAAGUUGUUUCUAA